AUGACGCUAAAGAAAGGUGAAAAGGAAGGUGAAAAAGUCGAGGAAAUGUCACAUGAGUUAUCAGCAGAGCAAGAAGAUGAAUCGAUAAAGCUACGAUCGAGUUUAGACAAACUCUCUUCUUGGGAGAAUGAAAUGAGUCAAGUCGAUAGAGAUGUUGAAAUAUACAGAAUAAAAUCGAGUCAACCAAUGUAUACCAAGAGAAGAGAAAUUUUACAGCAAGUUCCCAAGUUCUGGUAUAUAAUUCUUGCCGAGAAUGACGAAUUUGCUGACUACAUUAGUCCUGAGGACUUGAAGUACCUUGAAUAUAUCAAUGACAUAUAUGUGCACUACCCCAUUGCUGAAGCAAAAAGAGAACAAGGUGAUGCCGCCAUUGCUGAAGCAAAAAGGGAACAAGGUGAUGCCGCCAUUGCUGAGGCAAAAAGGGAACAAGCUAAUGCCCUCGCCAAUUACAAAGAUUUUGAAGUAACGAUAAGUUUCGCUGAUUGCUCGUUUAUGCAGAAACAGAGUAUAACCAAAAAAUUUAGAACAAUAGUUGGAGAAGAUGGGGAAGAGCAUUUGAAAUCUGAAUACGUUUCAGUUCAAUGGCCAAAGGAAUUAGCUAAAUUUAAUCCUCAGCUUAUAAAGGAGAAAACAAAGAGUAGUGGCAGCAAUAUGAGUGCAAAGGAAAAGAAGAAUUAUCGAAUUGGUAUGAAGUCAUUUUUCGCUUGGUUUGCAUGGACUGGCGAGAAACCUGGAAAGGAAUUUAGGCAUGGAGAGGACUUGACACAAUUGAUAGUAGAGGACAUUUUUAUUAACGCGUUGAAAUAUUAUAUUGUUGCAUUGUCUAACGAGUCUGGCGAAGAAGAAGAUGAGGAAGAAGAAGAAGAUAGCUCCGAAGGGGAGGAAUUGGAUUUGAGUGACAUUGAAGAGGAGGAAAGGAAAAGGCCACUUGAGGAUCAAAAUAACGAAAACAACAAGAAAAAGAAGGUUGACCCACUAUAA